GACACCGUGGAUGAGCAUUAGUGAAUUAACACAGCAGCACCCCAAAAUCAGCCCACCCCCACCUCAGCCACGAGGUCCACCCUAGAGCCCCCAUGAAUUGCUCCCUCCCAGGAGGUGCCCUGGAAGGCCCCACCCUGGGGGUUCCCAUAAGUUUUUGGCAGGGUGGGCGAUGUGUCUCAGGCUUCACGAAGAAUGCCCCCUAGGAUCCCCCCUCCAGGGGUGGGGUCCCUGUACCCACAGCCCGGCAGGAUCUGGGGAGGCUGGAUCUCCGUCCUGCGUCCUGCGUAGUUCUGGCCCAGCCCCUCGUGGCUGAGGGAGGGGUAAGGCCGAAGGAGGGAAGUCACUGCACCUGGAUGUGGUAGUGUCGGGGUUGAGGCUAGAACCCAGGCUUGGGGACCACGAUGCAGCCCUGACCUGUGUACACCUUGCUGCCCCCGGGCCGCCUCAGGUGAGUGCAGGUGCCCAGGGCAGGCCGCGUGGGCUGGGGGCCCCGCCCUGACCCCCACCCCUGAGGCGGGCUUCUCUGGGCGGCUUGGGGCAGAGCAGGCAGGCAGAGCAGGCAGAGCGGGGAAGCCCCCGGGCUGGCGCAUGCCUGUCGCCUGCUGUCGGAGGGCCCAGCAAGGUGCCAAGAGCCAUGGAGUUGCAGCUGGGGGGCUACAUGGCACUGGUGGCUGCGGUCCUACUCCUUGUGCUGCCGGGCGCCCAGGGCCAGCACAGCACUCCCGGUCCUCCGUGUGACUGUGCCUACAAUGUCCAGAAGAGGAACGGUCUGUUCUGUUGCAAGGGCUGUCCAGCAGGGCACUACCUGAAGGCCCCCUGCCCAAAGCCUUGCGGAACUGCCACCUGCCUUCCGUGCCCACGGGGCACCUUCCUGGCCAGGGAGAACCACCAUGAGACCCGCUGUACCCGCUGCCAGGCCUGUGAUGAGGAGGUCUCCCAGGUGGCCGUGACAAACUGCUCAACGGUGGCGGACACCCACUGUGGCUGUGAGCCAGGCUGGUUCCCGGAGUGCUUGGUCAAGCCCUGCAAGGUCGGCUCACCCUUCCGCUGCCACCCAUGCUCAGACUGCAGGGCCCUGCACCGCCACACACGGGUGCCCUGUUCUGUCAGAGAUGCGGACUGCGGGACCUGCCUGCCUGGCUUCUAUGAAUAUGGCAACAGCUGCACACCCUGCCCCACGAGCACCCUCGGGAGCUGUCCUGAGCCCUGCGUGACUAUUUGUGGCUGGAGGCAGAUGUUCUGGGUCCAGGUGCUCCUGGCUGGCCUGGUGGUCCCACUCCUGCUUGGUGCUAUGCUGACCUACACCUACCACCGCUGCCAGCCUUGCAAGCCCAGUGUUGCUAAUGAAGCUGGGAUGGAGGCCCUGACUCCCCUCCAGGCCACCCACCUCUCGCCCAGGGACAGCACCCACGCCCUCCUAGUGCCACUCGGCAGUAGUGAGAAGGUCCACACCGUCCAGCUGGUUGGCAACGGCUGGAGCCCUGGCUCCCCCCAGACCCAGGAGGCGCCCUGCCCGCAGGUGGCAUGGUCCUGGGACCCGCUGCACGGCGGAUCUCCUGACCCGCGGUCGCCACAGUCGCCGCCACCGCCCCCGCCCUCGCCAGCGCCCCCUGCAGGCUCGGCGGGCGCCACGCUCCAGCCCGGCCCGCAGCUCUACGAUGUGAUGGACGCGGUGCCUGCGCGGCGCUGGAAGGAGUUCGUGCGCACCCUGGGGCUGCGCGAGGCGGAGAUCGAGGCCGUGGAGGUGGAGGUCGGCCGCUUCCGCGACCAGCAGUACGAGAUGCUCAAGCGCUGGCGCCAGCAGCAGCCCGCGGGCUUGGGCGCCGUCUACGCGGCGCUGGAGCGCAUGGGGCUGGACGGCUGCGCCGAGGACCUGCGCAGCCGCCUGCAGCGCGGCGCGUGACCCAGGGCGU